ACUUGUUGAACAAGCCAGAUCACUACUUAAUAAGAUGUGCAUGAGCGAGGUGAGACAAAACACAACAUAAAUCACAAUAAUGGAAGAUUUGAAGUUACAUGGGUUUUGGUUCAGCCCCUUUACUAUGAGGGUGGUAUGGACCCUAAAGCUGAAGGGUAUAGCAUAUGAGAACAUAGAGGAAGACUGGGUCAACAAGAGUCCUGAACUUCUUGAAUACAACCCUGUGUAUAAGAAGGCUCCAGUGCUUGUUCAUUAUGGAAAACCCAUAUGUGAAUCCAUGAUCAUUGUUGAAUAUAUUGAUGAGAUAUGGCCACAUUAUUCAUUGGUUCCUCGUGAUCCGUAUGAGAGAGCUCAAGCAAGGUUUUGGGUUAACUAUGCUGAUCAAAUGGUUCCUGCAUUAUUUGCGGCACUCUACUUCAAAUGCGGUGCUGGUGAAGAAAAAGAGAACCCAACAGAGAAGAUCUGGGAACAUCUCAAAGUUAUUGAAGAUCAAUGCCUAGGUGAUAAGAGGAAAUUCUUUGGAGGGGACACUAUUAAUAUUGUGGACAUAGCUUUUGGGUCACUUUUCAAAGUUUUAUACACUAUAGAAGAUGUGAAUGAAGUGAAGGUCAUAGAAACUGAGAAGUUCCCUCUCUUGCAUUCAUGGUUCAAUAAUUUCAAGAAUGUCACAGUGAUCAAAGAAAACUUCCCUGAUAGGGAGAAAAUGUCAGCUACUAUAAAAUCUAUCAUAGAGAAGGCGUUGGCAUCUUCCUGAGAAGUCAUCAGUAUGUGAUUUUUAAUAUCACCAAACACCAACCUUUGAGGUUUGUCUUAUAUAAUAGUAAUGCUUUGUCUACUACAUGUAGAGACUUCGAUAAUUUGUAAGGUUUGCCAAAAAACUUGUAACUUUGUUUGCAAAACCUUCUAAUCUCAAUAUGAAAUAAAGUCCAACAAGGAAAAUUGGGCUUAGAUAUAAAAUUAGUACUUAUAUAUUCAAUAUAAUUGAAAUUAUAUGAAAUAUGACUGGAGUUUCCCCUCGAAA